UUUUACAAGUUAUUACCAUAAAUAUUCUCUUUAUGUUAAUAGUAAAAAUUACAUCAUUCUGAUUCGUUCUUCAACAAUGGAUGCUAAGCCUACCAGUAAUAAUUCUCCUGAAUAAACGGACACUUCCAAAGCAAAUAUUGACAUUUUGGUAAUGCUUAAAAAAUAUAAAGAUUGAUUGUGUUUCCUGUUGACAUUAAACUAUGCAACAACGUCUUUUUGUUACAUGUGUAAGCACAAGAGUAGGUACCCACUGAGGCAUGCUAGAUAUAUUCCAACAAUAACAAUGUGACCGACCUUGAUUUUUUUUUUAGAAUAAAUUAUUAUCCUGUUCCUGUUCCUGUAACAGGUUCACUCUACCACACUCAGUUUAAAGAUGUACAGCGAAAGAUGACUUUGAUUAAUUAUUCCUGAAGACAGCAAUCCGACGUGAUAUAUCCGGUUCAUCUGCAUUGUUUAAUUUUUUUUUUGUAUUGUCAGAUGAUGCGAUUAUGUAAAUAUAUUUCUCAAUUUCCAAUGUGCUUAACUGAGAAUUCAACAGACAGUGAGUAUAUAUCACAGAUAUAAGUAUAAUUUAAACACAUUCUGAGCCUGAAACAGCUCGGCCAGCAAAAAAUAGGUCUAGCAGCAGUCUGUCAAAUAUACUUCACUCAAACACUCCUAAGUAUGCCUUUGGUGUCAAGAACAAUUAUAUUUUUUGGCGUUGCUCGAGCAUUCUUUGUGACCCAUGCUAUGCUGUGUAUUUGGCGGGUCGUAGAGGUCACUGGUGAGGAUUUAUUUUGGUUGCUUACAUUGCUGUGUAUUUUGUUGAGCAUCGAAGCCAUUGCCACUCUUCUACUUGCUAUGAAAAAGUUUGAAUGGCAAGUAUUUUCACCCUGUAUUCUAAUCUACAUAACAACAGUUAUUAUUUGCACUUGGAUCUUGGAAUUUAACCUAUAUUUCCAGCGACUGGAUUAUGCAGAAAAACAUAACAUUGAUUGCGGAACGACUGACGUAAUGUACCGUAACACAUCAAUUCCUUUGGGAUACAUACCUAUUUCGCCAAUAUAUUUGGAUGACCAGGAAUGGUCCUUAGCAUUGCAGCAGGUUUUCUUAUUCAUUCUCGUUAUUGGAAGAUGGCUUCUUCCGCAAGGGGGCAUAACACGUGAUCAGCUUUAUGAACUUCUAUUGGUCAAUAUUGGAAUGGCCGCUGACAUUCUGGAGUUCAUUAUAGAGGGAAUCAAUAUAAAUGUUGUUGGUUGUUCUAGUGGUCUUAUAACAAUGAUAUUAUUCUUUUGGUCAUUUAGUCUAAUGCAGUUUACACUCAGUCUGACAGCGGAAAGAGAAAAAGUGGCUCUGGCUUAUGAUACAACAGACGUCGGAAUUUUGUCGAGGUGGACCAAGUGCCCGCACUGUGUCUGCUGCAGUACAGACGUGUGGGCAACGAUGGUGACACUGAUAAUGCAAGAUGGUCCAUUUGUUAUCGUAAGGCUAUACCUAAUCAUAGAGUUUGAUGCCAUUUCGCAGGGGAUGCUCUUUUUCACUGCAAAGAAUUUACUGGUUAUAGUUGUGCAAAUCUAUCGUUUAAUAUUUUUGUACAAUAAAAGUGAAACAGAAAAUGAGUUAUCCAAGGCAAAGCAAGAUUUAUCUGACCGGGAUCCGGAAUCGGAUAAUGCGAAACAACAGCCAAAUAAAAGCGAGAUCAAUGUUGCUGCUAGAGUCACUGACGAUUCCAUGAAGAUUAAUGAAUUGGGCUCGGUGAAUAAAAACUUUUCAUAUAAAAUCUAGACAUUUACAGCCGGCAUGCCCCAUCCCCACCAAAACUAAAUCACUGUCUAGUGGCUCUGUGAUGUCAAUGAGAACAUUAAUAAUAGCAUAAAAGCGUCAUAAUCAUUACAAAUAUUUAAAUGUAAAUAAAAAAAAACAUCUAGGCCUACUAAGUCAUUGCCAAAAAGUAGACAUAUUGGCGACGACAACAACAAAAAUACAAAGAUUUGUAGCAUAAAACUGGGGGAGCAUAUUCAUUUUUUUAGCCCCUAUAUAUGCUCCUUUAAAAAAAAAAUUUAAAAAUUCUUGGUAUUUUGGUUAUGCUUUAAAAAAAUAAAGAUAGUUUAUGUUUGCUGCUGGCAUUAAUUGACACAUACUAGAAGCCUUGAAAUGGGGGUGCUGAUGGGUGGGGGGGCUGGCGAAAGUGAAGUGGGGGGGGGGCUCGGUGUUCAUUUGAGGGUGAUAAGGUGAUUUUAACUACUAACUUGCAAGUGAUUCUUGGCGACUGGAGGAGCACAAGUCACUUUUGGAGGGGGCGUGCGCCUUCCCCUAGAUACGUACACCACUGACUAUAAUACCUCAUGGGUGACAGCCUAGUAUGCAUUUUGUUAGUGUAAGCAAAAGAGCAGGUACUAAAUCUGUGGUAUACUGUACGUUAGAUAUAUUUCCAACCAUAGUAAUGUGACUGUCCUCGCUUGGAUUUCUUUAUAAUAACCAAUAUUACUGUACCUAACAGGUUAUUCUAUCACUCUUAUUUUCAAGUGUACAACAAAAAGGUAAUUUUGAAUGACUUUCUAAAGACAUUUCAGUCUGUGAUACUUGCUUGGUUGAUUCAAUUGUUUCGUGUUUAUUUUUACCAGGCGAUACCUUAAUAAAUAUACUUUAUAUAGCCCUAUA